AUGGUGUGUGCGUCACCUACAUCGAGCCGUCGACCAAAGAUGAGUGAAGUGGUCGUACAGUUGAAAGAGUGCUUGGAAUCUGUGGCUUCACGUGACAUACCCGGGAGUUUUAGCGUACAGAGGUCAAAUUCAAGGUAUAUAGGCCCUAUUGUUUUUGAUCCAAGGACAACCCCAUCAGCAAGGUAG